AUGAGGCUCGUAGACACAUUAAAACUUUUGGAACUUCAAAACAGUCCUACAAAUAUUCGUAAUAUUUGCAUUGUAGCCCACGUGGACCAUGGGAAAACGACUUUGGCGGAUUCCUUGAUAUCUAGUAAUGGUAUUAUCUCCCAAAGAAUGUCUGGUAAACUGCGUUACAUGGACAGUAGGCCAGACGAACAGGAGAGAGGUAUCACCAUGAAAAGCAGCAGUAUUGCACUAUACCAUGCUUUGGAUACACAGGAGUACCUUGUGAAUUUGAUAGAUUCUCCUGGCCAUAUAGAUUUUUCAAGUGAAGUGUCAACUGCAGUCAGAUUAUGUGAUGGUGCUAUUGUUGUUGUUGAUGUUGUAGAGGGUGUAUGUCCACAAACAAGGCUUGCCUUAAAACAGGCUUACUCUGAGAAUAUCCGAGCAGUUCUUGUUUUAAAUAAAAUAGACAGAUUAAUUGUUGAAAUAAAAAUGACACCACUUGAUGCAUAUGUUCACAUUACACAAGUAUUAGAACAAGUUAACGCUGUAAUGGGAGAGCUAUUUGCUUCUAAAGUUUUAGAAAAUGAAGAAAACUUGAUUGAUAAACAGCAAAAGUCAAUGCCAAAACCUAAAGAAGAUAAUAAUUUCUAUGACUGGACCUCAGCUCUGGAAGAUGCAGAUGACUCAAACUUAUAUUUUUCACCGGAACAAGGAAAUGUAGUUUUUGCAAGUGCUGUAGAUGGAUGGGGAUUCACUAUUCAAACAUUUGCAAAGUUAUUUUCAGAAAAACUUGGAGUUAAAGAGGAAUUGCUUAGAAAAGUUCUAUGGGGUGAUUUCUAUUUACAUCCAAAAAUGAAACGUUUUAUGAAAGGUGCACAAGAAAAAGCGAAAAAGCCCCUAUUUGUUCAAGUUGUUUUUGAUAAUUUAUGGAAUAUAUAUGAAACUAUAGUUAUGAGAAAUGAUAAGGAGAAGGUCCCAAUGAUUUGUGAAAAGCUUGGUAUUAAACUAACAGCUAGAGAUCUUAGACAUACAGAUACUAGAAUUCAACUGCAAUCUUUGAUGAUGCAAUGGCUACCUCUAUCCCACGCAGUAUUAGACAUGGUGUGCAAAAAAUUGCCUUCUCCAAAGGAAAUUUUGCCUGAAAAAGUUGAGAAGCUUAUGUGCUCUCGCAUAAGAGAUUUUGAUUCCUAUCAUGAUGAUACUAAGAAACUUAAAGAUGACUUUCUUGCCUGUGAUAGUAGCGACAGACCUGUGAUUAUUUUUAUAUCGAAAAUGUUUAGUGUUGAUAAAAGUUCGUUGCCAGAAAAUAAACCUAAGCUUCUGACACCAGAAGAAAUGGCUUUAAGAAGAGAAAAGGCAAGACAAAUACGUGAAGAGAAAAAACAAAAUAAUACAAAUUCUGAAGCGAUUACAAUAUCAAAAGAACUUAACGAAAAAGAUACUGAAAAGUGUAUUAAGGAUGAAAAUGAAACAGAAGAUGAAAAUUCAACUGUAUUUAUAGCAUUUGCUAGGAUAUUUAGCGGUAGAGUUAAGAAAGGGGAUAAAUUAUAUGUACUUGGUCCUAAACAUGAUCCGUCACAAGUACUUUUGAGGAAAGAUUUUCAAAUAGAUCCUAAUAAGAAAUUGAAAGACUUGCAAAGUGAUGAACAUAUAACAUGUACUGAGAUAAAAUCCUUAUAUAUUUUAAUGGGUAGAGAAUUAGAAGAGAUUAAUGAAGCAGUAGCCGGUAACAUUAUAGGUAUAGGUGGAUUAGAAGAAUAUAUCUUGAAGACAGCAACUCUCAGUAGCACUAUAGCUUGUCCGGCAUUCAGUGAAAUCCAGUUUGCAGCCGUACCAAUUUUAAGGGUCGCCAUAGAACCCACUUAUCCUUCACAAUUACCUCAACUAGUAAAAGGUUUACGACUUUUAAAUCAAUCGGACUCUUGCGUUCAAGUGCUAUUGCAAGAAACCGGUGAACACGUUUUAGUGACUGCUGGUGAAGUUCAUUUGCAAAGAUGUCUUGAAGAUCUUAAAAACUUGUACGCGAAAAUACCGAUUUCCGUAUCAGAACCAAUAGUACCAUUUAAGGAAACAAUAAUCGAACCACCAAAAAUAGAUAUGGCCAACGAAGAAAUAGAUUCACAAAAUAUAGACAAAGGCGAUGCCGAAAUAGACCCGCUAAUAACAAUAUACACAAAUAAUAAACAAAGUAGAAUAAAAAUUCGAGCCAAACCGCUACCUAAUGAAAUAACACUAUUAUUAGAUCGAUCAACAGAUUUACUUAAAGCGAUAUCACGACAUAUAAAAACAUUGCAAGGCUCAUCCAAGAACGAAAAACUUGAGACCAAAUUCGACGAAAUGCAUAUAAAUAAACAUGAAUUAUCAGAUCGAAUGCUACGACUUAUAGAAACAUUCAAAAUGGAGUUAGAAGGUAUAUGCUCAAAAUUAGACCCUGAGUGGAAAAAUGUCGUAAAGCAAAUAUGGUCGGUAGGACCUAGAAAUUGUGGUCCAAAUCUGCUUUUGAACCAAACUCCAGAUUAUAAUACCAAGUUUUUGCAUCACGAUAAAGUAUUGAUAAAAGAUCCAAGGUUUGAGUAUGAGAGUAGUUUUGUGAAUGGCUUCCAAUUGGCAACAUUGGCUGGACCGUUGUGUGAUGAACCAAUGAUGGGUGUGGCCUUUAUUGUCGAGGAAUGGAGCUUGGAUAAACGUGAGGAAGAUACGUUGUACACGUUCGGACCAUUAUCAGGUCAAAUAAUGUCGGCAGUGAAAGAAGGAUGUAGGAAAGCAUUCCAAGCGCAACCGCAAAGACUGAUGGCAGCUAUGUACUCGUGCGACAUUGUAGUGGAUCAGAGGGUAUUAGGUAAGUUG